AUGCCUCGACGAUGCCUUAUCCCGCACUGUCGUUCGGGCAUACGCCCGGUGCCGACUUCACCAGAAGGCAUUUGGGUUACCAAUGCCAUGCUGGCUCGAGCAAUUGAGCGAUUCCAUCACGUUUAUCCGGUCCCUCGAAGGAGUUUGAGUUCUUGUCCAGGUCCGCUCGAGAGCCGACGCCGCUUAGGCAAGCGACAUAUGACAGCGAUUGUCCCCAACUCUCAUGCUUCGCCUUUUCCUUGGUCAAUUGACUUACCUAUCGAUCUCGGCAAAUGGACAUGGGAGGCUCCAACUCGAUCCCAAGAUCGGCGGCAUAAAAAGGUUGGCUUGUUUGAGCGCUUUCUCAGAUCUCUGGAGGAUAUAGACUGUGCAGAGACCCCAUCCGUCACCACUACAGCAGUACCACAAACUGCAGCUCUCUCGCACAUAGAACAGGCACUUGUCGAGCUCAGCGAAAGUCUUGACUCAUUCGAAGAUGUUGGAGAUGGAAGAGAAUUAUACAAAGCAUGCGAACCUUACCUUUUAAAGGUGUUGGACAUGAUCGACGACAAGACGAUAUCCGCCGACGACCUUAUCCUCUCACUCAACCCCUUCGGCGAAACCAUCAAGAGCCGCGUUCCGACUAAAGUCCUCGACUAUGUGCUCGCGAGACAAUGGGUUUCAAUCAUUCACUGCAUUCACGACAACCGGAUUCGCCCUGCCAGCGAUGUUUUUGGUGGACAUUUAUGGCAUCAAUGCCUCAAAACGGCGUUUCAGAUGACACCCCAGACUAUGACAUUCAACUUUCUCGACGAACUAUUAAGACUAACUCGGCAGUUUGAAAGAAUAUCGCUAAAUUCUAAUGACUACGUUGCUUUGAUGCGAGCCCACCUUCUCCUUGAAACAUGCCAGACUCAGCAAGAACCUUCACGACCUGUGCCGACUCGGAUUUUACGCCGGAAUAUUUAUUUAUCUCGGAUGUUUGGUAUUACGGAUUUAUCACAUAUGGACACUUGUCGACAGCUAUGUCAGUCUUGCCUCGAGAACAGCACAGAUGCCCCAGGGCGACGCGCAAUGGCGCACCACUUAUUACUUAAACUAGCCACUACCCCUGGCCUCAAGAUAAGAGAGUUCGUGGAACUGGUCCAAGGUAUCCUCGACACAAGCGAAUGGUCCGAAUCAGAAGUCUGGCAAUUCGCAGCCCUCCGUCUUAUGAACCAAAGUCAAUGGAAGUUGCGCCCAGAAUGCUUGCAAGAAUGGUCCGAAACCCCCACGACACUUCAUUCUUGGGCGGCGUUGCUCGACUCUGCUUUCCACCGGCACGCAAAAAAACGCAAAGCGAACCUCAGGGCGCUUUCGUUUACCAGUGACGCCUGCGGUCAACUUGGUACAUUAAUGAAGGCGGUCCGUUUAUUGCCAAAUCACAAUGAGAUUGUCUCUGAUAUGGUGAAAACGGAAGAGGACCCUCAUCACGCGCUCACCAUCUGGGAAUUCUACAAUGAAGGGCAGACAAAUUCGGAUAAAUUACCCUGGCAUGCAUGGGCGCGACACGCAGAGGCCAUAGUAACAGAUGACGAUCUACCUGCCGAUCUCAUCUGGCGGGUCGCCGAAUUCCACCCCCAAAGGUCCUUCAAUAAGUUGAGCAAUCCCAUUAGACAAGGCACAGUCUACACAAUGGACUUUCUCGUGGAGAUAGGACAGCUUUAUAUGAGGCGACCUGGUAUGUCAACGCGAGCGCGCCUAAGAUACAUCGAAAAGGCCAUCAAUUUUGGCAAAGCCUCCAGGCAACCCAUGCCUCAGUCUUUGGUGCAGAUACUUGCUGAGAUUAUACUCAAAGAUCUCGAGAUGGGCAACAUGGGUCGCAAGGCACGGCUUCAAUAUCUGGUCAGCAAGAUAGAGCAGUUCUGCGGAAAAGAACAGGCACAGAAGGUUGCGGUCUCAAUUGAUGGAUGGAGAUGGACCAACAGAAACCGAAUGCCACAAACGCUGCCGAUGCCUUCUGCUAGCGUAUCAAGCCAACAAAAGCAGCCACGCAGGGAGUCCAUGGGGCAUUCUUGUGGGCAAUCUCACAGGCACACGAAGGACGAGGGGGAGAGGUGUGAUUUUGAGUCACGUCUGAAAUCUGAACGUCGACAAGCACAUACCCCGGCUUUGGCAGGUGCAAGAUUUUAG